GCCAUGUCCAACGUUGUAAGGCAUUUGCCACAUCGUGUGGGGCCGGUUUUACCGCUGCCGGUUAAAGUAAUGAUUUAUGAUAACCGGUUAACAUAUAAUAUUUUUUAUCGAUAACCGCCCAUCCCUAUUUACGGUCUUGUAUUGACAGUAGGGCAAAGGGCAAUGUAGGGGGUGUGGGGUGCGGGUCGUGUGCGCGUCACUGGCAUCUGGCAUCUCUGUUUUCGACGUUCAGAGACAGCCGUAAGCACAACGUCAGCGUCAUUUCCUCACGUUUAUAAAAAAUAAAAACAUUGCAGGUUUUGGCGGUUUAAAGGCGAAAACAUUUUAUAAUGUGCGAUAGUGAAAUAAUUUCCUUGUCAUCAGACGAAGAAUUGCCCAAAUCGCCGCCAAGAAAGAAAAUCAAGCCAACAUACCUGGGAGCUAUAACGAUUACGCCCAUCAAGAAAGAAAAAUAUGUCAAAAGUAAAUCCAAAGAUGAUAUUGUUGUACUUUCAGACGAUGAUAGUAAUGAUGUUGCAAUUACAAAAGGUAGUGAACCCUCUAACAAAGACAAAAAUGGUGUUGACCAGACAAAUACCAAUGAGAGACUUGGGGAUGUAAUUACAAACACAUUAAAUGAGGUGACGAUUAUUAGGAAAAAUGCAACAUUAGACAGUAAAUCAACAGAGAAAAUAUCUACCAAUGGAAAUAUAAAGGUAGUUGAUAAAGUAGAUGAGAUAUGUGAAAUCACAGAGAGUGAUUCAGAAGAGGAGUCAUCAUCAGGCAAGGAAAACCAUUCACAAUUGGAAAAUGAAGGGAAAAAUGAAGAUUCAAAUUCAAAACAAUCUAUUGAAACAAGUCCAAACGAGGUCGAAGACGGUAGGAUGACAGAUGAGAGUAAAGCAAAUCAAACUCAAAGUACACAGUCUCAUUCAGACACAACAAAACCAUUAUUAGAUCAAUUUCUUACAAUAUGUGGAAAGAGAAUGGAGGGUUCAAAGUUCAUAAAGCUAGCAGAUGAAAAAUUUCCUAUAUUAAGAAGAUUCUAUAAAAAGUGUGAUGAUGUUUUAAACAAAAAUUCUGAAUUUAAGAAGUUGCUUCUGAAGUGUCUUAACAAAUCGGAGAAUGCUUCACCUGAAAAGGCAACUAUAGCUUUUAAUGAAGUUUUUACAUUUGUAAAAGAAAUUGCUGAUGUAUCCAGUAUCGAGGUUGAUAAAGAGACUCGAUUAAAAUUAAAGAAACUUGAGCAUUGCAUGAAGGCCCUAAAGAAAAAGAUUAAAAAGUUAGAGGUUGCUGAGAUUGAUUUUGAUGAUGAAGAGGAUUCUGUUUAUCUUCAACUAGAUAGGUAUAAUCAAAGACUAGUCAAUGUAUACAAGAAAUACUGUGAGAUUUUGAAGAAAAACCCACACAGUGGUCGUCUGACACACUCUAAAGUAGAUUUUGCAGACUCAGAGUUUAAUGAAAUCAACAGGGCUAUCAGCAAAAAGUUCAGAAAUAAUCAUUUUCCCAGUUACUAUGAAAUGGAGAGGUUCAUUAAAAAAGUUGUAGAUGCACAUAAUCUGCAGUUAUCUGAGAACAGAUUAAAAGCAGAAGCUGUGCACUGUUUCAAAAAAUUGGGCGAUUUAUUACAAAUACGAAGAAAACGGGAACUGUAUGAUUCUCAUUGCUCAUAUAUACAAGAAACUGAAGAUCCAGCAACUAAAGAUGAUAAUCUUAACAGCAGAUUGAAAGAAAACCUGAAACAAGGCCUGGAGAAGAUAGGAAAAGUUUGUGACGAAUUUGUUAUUAAACAGGAAGCAGGUGAGGAACCUGUUUUGAGUGAGGAUGAGUCUGAUAAAAGUGACAUCAAGGAUAGUGAUGAGGAGGAUAAACAAAUAGACAAUGAAGUUGAAAAAAACAGUGAUGAUAAUAAUAAGCAAGACGAUGAUAAAUGAGACCCGAUAAAUCAUCAAUCUGGAUAGAACCUGCAUUUGCUUGUUGCAACCUAUAUUAUUAAUUUGGUCAUGUUUUUUAAUAUCUUCAAAUAAUAACAUACCAAAGAAUGCUUUCUCAAAUAGUUACCAGAUCUUCAGUCGUGCCGAAUCCGGCCACGAAUGUCCCUUUUUAUCAUGAACACAAUACGUCAGGUAAAUUUCUAAUAAUGAUUAUUUGCUGGGUCUGCGAUUAUAACGCCGCCUCUCGGAUGCCGGACUUAAAUAUUUGUGCUUGUGGUUACUAAUGAGACUUCAGACAUUUAGUCGAUUUGAAGUGAGGAACAAUUUGAAUUUCAAACUGGCUAUUCUCUUUUGAUCUGAUAAGUGAUGACAGUGGAAUAUUUACACCUUUGCUAGUCCUUAGUUGACUACACAUGCCACGAAUUUGACCAUAGAAAACACGGCUAUAUUCCUCUAUCAGCCCACUGAUGUUUCCCUUUGCGAGCGCUGAGAUCGAUUUAGUUCUCUCCACUAGCAUUUCGUUCCCAGUGCUUUUGAAACAGCCCCCUCAUAUUGUUGUUUGAACGAUUAAAGUUAGUAAGCUGACAUUUGGGGUGAGGAAAUUAACCCUUUACUGCAUAAAUUUUUUGUUUUCAUCGAAAAAAAUCCCAGGAAUGGAGAAAUAUACUUUAUGUAAAAAAUACCAAAAAAAUUUUUGUAUAAUACAUACUUUAUUUAUUUUGAAAAAAAUGGAAAGUGACAUAUAUGGAACAUUAUGCAACAUUGUCCUUUAUUCAGUGUGGAACCUCAAAAAACAAUUUCGCUCUUUAUUAAAACACAAGGAAACUUUGGAUUUCGUACAAGACACAAAGGAUUUAGAUUGACACAAUGGAAACUUGCAUCUUGAUCUUUGUUGUUCACUCCAUUCUGGUAAAUGGUCCAUACCAUCAAGACGUACCUCUUGUUGAGGAAUUUCUUUGGUAGGUCUACUUUUCUUUUUCAUGGCAUAUAAUGUCUGAACCUCUGCUGAAGGUCUUCCUACUCUUCUUUUAUGUUCUCUAUUAAGAUUGCAUAAAGAAUCAGCGAUGGCCAGCUUGAAGUCUUUAAGGGGUAGAUCAAAUUCUUUAUUGCUGCGUCUCCACAACAACCAAGCAUUUACGCAACACAAAUCCAACAUGUGAAAAAAUAUGCGUAAAUACCAUUUCUUUGAUCGAAUUCUAAUCCUAUACAAUCCCAACAUGGCAUCCAGAAGAUCGACACCUCCCAUGUAAUUAUUGUAAACAAAAACACUUCUAGGGCAUUCAAUCAUUUUAUGGAUGUUCUCUUUUUUGAAAAAUCUUUUCUUUUCACCACGAGGUUGAGAACCAACAUAGGUAGAAAGGGUUGUCACGACUUUAUAGUCAUACCAUGACACUGUUGCAAUAUCCACAUUAUCUAUGCGAGAUAUGUUUUCUUUUAUUGAGCCACGACCAGUUUUUUCAUAUCUUUUUCAGAUGGUAAUGUACAUGGUAUACGGUUGGCUCGAACUGUCCCUAAAGGCAUUAUCCCUUCUUUAUGUAAGUAAAUCAUCAAAGGGAUGCCAGUAAACCAAUUGUCAAAAAAUAGUUUAUAAUUUUUAUUCCUUGGGAUACUCUCGGAUAACCUUAUUACAACAUUACACUCAUUACAAGUUUGGGCGCCCGUUAGGAACUUGAUUGCUUUGGGAUCCUGCAAAAAGGUCGAAAUCGUAGCUGAACCCAGAAAUUCCGCUGAGAACAAAAUUCUUAUAACCCCACUUGUGAGGUUUCUUAGGGUUAUAUUGUUUUAGUUGACUUCUAGCUUUGGUAGGAAUGAUUUGCUCGUCUAUAGCAAGGUGUUCCUCACGUGGUACUAAUAGCAGCCUUUCUCUGAUUUGCGUAAGAAGAGGUCUAAUUUUGAGUAACUUAUCGUGUCUCCAUGUUUUUCAAGUUUUUUACAACAAUUCUAUUUAGAAGUUUUAUGACAGUUUUCUCUAUGUAUAGCCCUGGAGGAGCAGAGGUCCCGCUUUCUAUUAUUAAAGAAGAUAAUAUUUCGGGAAUCAGACAAUUUGUGGCAACAUCUCUCCAGAUCUCGUAAUUUAAUACAUUUGCAACCAUACAUCUGAGCUUGAGCCUGCUAUCAUAAUAAUAAUAAUAAUGGCUUGAGCCUGCUAUCAUAGAAAUACAGAUACAUAAAAUAACUAAAACAUAAUAGUAUAUUCCCUAUCCCUGCAGACAUCAAAUCGAAAAUUCGUAUGGGAGAUGUAUAUAUGGCUCCCGGGUCUGUGAUCCCCCAAGAAGACUGAUUUAGAUUCUUAAGCACUCGGCUUAAUAAGAGUUCUCCGACGGCGACAGCAGGAUUCCUACUUCUGCAAAAACGGAGAAUGGGGCUGGAUGGAUUCAUUAAGGAUGGUGCCUCCUGGAUUUUAGAAUAUAAUAGGGGAUUGUUAUUCCAACAUAAAUUUGAAUUAUAAGGUGCCCCUCCUGUUAUAAGAAUCUCAAAAAGUUUAUCAUUACAAUAAUCACAAUUAAUGUGGAGAUGUAACGUGUCAUAAUUGAAUACAUCGUUAAAGAUAUCAUAUUCAAGCUUACUAUAUCCCAAAUGAAAGAAUCCUUGUAUAUGCAUAUUGUAGUUGUCUUCACCUCGAGAGUAUUUACCAAGCUCAUCAGAACUGAUGUACACAUGAGUAGUUAUAUUCGGUCUGAAAUUGUUGAGUGUUCCUUUUUUAGUGACAUGAUCAUUUAAUCUAUGUAUAUGUGAUCCACCCACUAUACCUGGUUGACCUCUUUGGAUCAUUUGACUAUUGUCAUUGAAAUGUAUGAAGCGUUUUAUGGUCUCGAACCUGUUGCAGGACAUAACCUCAGAAACAGCAGGAUGGCCUAAGGAAACAUUCCAAUAAUCUCUUGUAGAAAGCAAUUGUAUUAGAGAGGUCAAAAUGCAGAUUCCGAUAAACUGUUCAAUCUCGUGAUGUUUUAUGUGGACAGGCUUGUCUGGUUGACACUGGAUAUUAUACAAAUUACUUUGCUCGAUAAUGUAACUUAUAAGCUCGUUUGGGAAAAGGAGUUUGAAGUAUUCUAGUGGAGUUGCAAGCGUACGAAUCGAAUCCGGAAGAUCCUGAUUACCUCUAAAUUGAAUUUCGUCAACGUUUUUCAAUAGAUUACCUUCGUGCCAUUCAAUAUUCUUCGAUAUUCGUCUUUGAAUUUCUGAUAGGGGCAAAUCAUCAUCAGAUGAAUAGUCGGACUCUGAAUCUGGAUCAUUUUGAUUGGUUUGUAUUUUUGAAUGUACACCACUUUCAGCAUCGUCGCCGGAUAAAUCUGGAUCGUCACUCUCAUCGGACUCUAUAUCAGCUGCAUAUUGUAGAGUACCAUAAAAUUUCUUUGGGUCCAUAACUGGAAAUAAAAGCAACCAAUGUAAAUAUAAUUGCAUAUUGUUCCAUAUAUGGCACAAGCACAAAAUCGUACACAUAACUUCCUAAAUUAACAUCAAAUGAAAAACAACUUACCUUAUAACAUAGUUUACACUUCACCCGUAAUGUCAAUAAUUUUAUUUUGGGGAUUUUCUAAUUUUAGAAGACAAAAAACUUGCAAACAACACGGAUCCAUCACCUGCUAGCAAGAAAUGGCGCGCGGCAGGCUCUGACACGAAAUAACUCGUAAUUGAGCACUACUAUCGAUGUGCGCGUUUUGCUGUGUGUAAGCGGGUGCGUUCCAAAUAUGGCAUAGUAUGCAGUAAAGGAAUACAACUUAAUUUGAGACAAUAUUUUUUUAUUUUUGUAGUUUGGGUCACAUGGGCGUAGCCAGGGAGUUCUCCAGGGUGGGGCAAGAAAACAAGGAAACUCAACUUAACAUAAAAAAUUUAUUAAAAAAACAUGUUGGGUUUAUAUAUAAGUAUUUUAUUUUAGCAUUAGUUUUCUACAAUUCUUGCUAAACCUGGACAAAAUUUCUUUUUCAAACUCAUCCUUCGCGUUUAAAACUCUUUUUCGAUGGACGCUCAUCAUGCAAAGUCCAACAAGCCGAUUUUCCAACAUUGUUGAUCGUAACCAAGUUUUUACCCGACGUAAGGUGCUG